UCCGUUCUCUGAGCUUGUGGUUGUGAUCGCUCGUGUUGCUCUUUGAUGCAUCAACUAUCGAAUUCGUCGGUGAUGUGCUGCUCCAUUCACAAAUCGACACUCAUCGACCAAGCUUGCAGCGAGUGAACAGCGCAACAUAUUUUGUCAGAUAGGUCUACCUGUCAAGAGAAGAAAGAAAAUGUGUAAAUAUUUUUUCGCAACUUUGUUUCGAAAGGGAAAAGCUGCAAUCGUGGUAGCGGUUUAUUCAUCGAGUUUAGUUAUACAAUAUUGAAAUAGCCUCACGAAUUUGAUUUACCUAGUUCAAUCCUCAUAAGAGUCACAGUUCGAAUGCUUUAAUUAGUAUGUGCCAAAUUCGUCAUUCUAGUUAAAUAACCACAAGCCGCAUAACCAUGUUGACAUUCGACAGCGGAAUCUAAUGAAAAGCUAUGUUCUGCGGAUGAAACGAAAAGACGCUUGUGCUGAAAAUCUCGAAUAUUUUUGUUCACUUGAAAUAGUGUUACAGUUUUUUGACCCAAGAUGCUUUGGCUGGGAGCAGUGUUUAGUUAACUAAUAAUCAUCGCAUGAAACGGAUAAUUUAUAUUGGCCAAAAUAUUGCAAUAGGAUACGAGGAAUGCUGCUGAGGAUGGUAUAUUCUUCCUGCCGCAAUAUGACCCGGGCUAGAAAUUUUGCCCUGGUGGUGUUGUUUCUGCUGCUAGCUGGUAUUUUUAUAUUUAAUAACGUCAAUUUCGUUUCCUCAGACGAUACAAACAAGGAAUACUCAAUGGUUCCCGAGAAUGACACCAUGCUAGUGUGCUUCGAAAGCUUUGCAGAUACCCGAAAACGGAUAUUCUACGGCACAGAAAGUGACAAUGCUGUGGAUCCGGCAACUAUCUACUUCGUUACACCGACAUAUCCUCGGCGAGAGCAGUUCGCAGAAAUAACACGACUCGGCCAAACACUAAUGCAUGUUCCUCAUCUGCACUGGAUUGUUGCCGAUGACACGGACAGCUGCAACCAGUAUCUUAACAAUCUGCUGAAGAAGUUUGGCAUACCUUACACUCACAUCGCCAGCCCAAUGCCAGCAUUUUAUCGCACUAAAAAACUGGUCCCGAGAGGUGUUGCUAACCGACGCGCUGCGUUAUCAUGGAUACGUAAUAAUAACAAGAAGAAUGGGGUCUUGUAUUUCGGCGACGAUGAUAACACAUUCGAUCUGAAGCUAUUUAGCGAAAUUCGAACCACUAAGAAAGUGUCGAUGUUCCCGGUCGGACUAAUUGGGGAUUACGCAGUCAGUACACCAAUUGUGACAAAUGGUAGGGUGCAGGGCUUUUUCGAUUCAUGGCCAGCGAAACGAAGGUGGCCUGUAGACAUGGCCGGGUUUGCAGUAAAUCUCGAAUACAUGGCUCUCAGUUCGAAUGUGACGAUGCCAUACAAGGCAGGCUACGAAGAGGAUGAGUUCCUCAAAAGCAUCGGGCUCAAAAUGCAGGAUAUCGAACCAAAAGCCAGCAACUGUACGGAAAUUCUUGUAUGGCACACACAAACCAAAAACAAUAAACCGCCAAAGAUACGCAUCAGUAGUGGAGCGCUACAGAAUGAUAAGGGUAACUUAGGGGUACUACUGAAACAGCUUGAGACAAUGGGCGUCAGCCAUAUCAGCCAGUCCGAAGGCACAGCUGCCCAGAUCACAAAGGACGGUAAAUCAAAAUCACUACUAUCAUGGUUCAGUUAAUUUAUCUCGCCGAAACUGGCUGCUGGUAAGGAUAUUUUAGCAACGAGUUGCAAUAAUCUGGUACCGUAAGUUUCACUGACCUUUGCACGAUCUGUAUAUAUAAUGUGAAAGAUAACCGCUCCGAGCAUGUUCAGAACCGGCCAGAGUACAGCGACACUCCUCAUCAAACCGAUUAUUUUAGUAUAGUUACAUCAUGUCGCACACAAUCACAGCAACAGAAGUUUACCAAUCAUCGACAGGAAAGAGUGGUGGAAGAUAUCAAAUAAAAAACGCACUUUUUUAAAUUGACACACAAAUUCGUUUGCGAAAAUCUAAAUGAUAGAUAAAAGACAUUUUAAUAAUAAGCAAGGUCGGUAAAUUGUAUCAUUAUUGGAUUGAAAGGUAUUAUGAAUAUACUCAAAAGCUUAAUUGGAUUUCUUAGGACCUGAUUUCUAAAGCAGCAGCACAAUUAAUUUCAACUUAAAUUAGAUAGAUCAUAACUUUUGAGAGGUAAUUCGACAAAGAAAAAUAAGCCAUGCAAAUACAUGUAUAAAGAAAGGAAACGAUUUGCUACUGGAAAAUCUUCCACGUAUAAGAUUAUAGUUUUCAUUCAAUUUGCUGUGAUAUUAGUUUAGAUUCAUCAGUACGUCCAAUAAAAUUUCGUUUUUUUUAAUUGAUAGAAUCAAUUAGUUUCGUUUAGUUUGAUGUGGCGUUUUGGUGUGAUCACUAUAUGAUAGCAAGAAACAGUUUUCGUUCAAAAACACAAUACUAAAUCAUCAUAAUGGUUACCUGAAACUGUCCCAACUACACUUCAUCUUUGACAGUGACUGUAAAACUAGUAAGCAUUUUAGUUGAACCUCUCGGUUGAUAAUUGUUCUGCCAGACACUAUCAAAUAAACUCCGGUCCUCGAACAUUUAGACUGCUUUUGUGUGAAUCAUCAGAAAUAGGGACAGAACGGUUUCUUUCCUAGGUGCCAAUCAAGCAAGCAAAAAAUUGAUACGCUUUCUCUUGAAUCUACCCUUUAGGUUUAAUCUUCGCUGAAAGCAAGCAUACUUUUUUACGCUUUGCUUAUGGGACAAUUCACUGAAAGUUCCAAUGAAUCUUUGAUAUUAUUCGAAACAACUAAGUUUGUUUAAAACUACAAUGAUCUGUUCCAUAGUAUAGAUACAAUAAGACAAAACCAAUAAAAAUAAGCUAAAUUGUA